AUGUUUUCAUGGGUUGGCGUCUGGUUACCGGAGGAAUUUAUGGAAGGACGAAUUGGAGUAGCUAUUACGGUAUUGCUUACGCUUUCGACAGAGUCGGCAGGAGCAAGAGAGCAUCUGCCUAGUGUCUCCUAUUUAAAGGCGAUCGAUCUCUGGUUUGGCUUUAUAACAGGAUUUGUCUUCUUCACUUUGCUGCAAACUCUCUUCGUCAUUGGUUUCGAUAAGCGCUCCAAUCAACUUAAAAAAUGGGCGCUGAAGGUGAAGUCUGAUUUGACUGAGGAUCAGCGUGACAUGCUGCUGCAAAAAGCGCAAAAAUAUCACAAGACUGGCAGGUAUUUGGAUAACUUCUGCCGUGUCUUCUAUCCACUAAGUUUCUUGUUAUUUCUUAUAAUGUAUUAUUUUGUUUUUACUGAAGGACGACAAGACGAUUGUAUUAACAGACGCUAA